AUGGCCAAGAACAAACUAAGAGGGCAGAAGUCCAGGAAUGUAUUCCACAUAGCCAGCCAAAAAAGCUUAAAAGGUUGAAACAAAGCAAAACCAGUUACCACUAAUCUUAAGAAGAUAAACACUCUGACUCCUCAGCAGUAUCAUGAAAAUGAACCAGUUAAUGUUGAUGAAGCUACAAGAUUAAUGGCUCAGUUAUAA